AUGCAGUUGGUCCAAACUCUAGUGCAGCAUGCCCCAACCGGCCCCAAAGACUACGUCAGCGCAUUGGGAGACGGCCCUACCACGCAGGAAGCCGCACCACCAACCAUGUCAGAGUUUCUGCAAGCGCUUCCAUCUCGACAUUUGGAACCUUUGUGGUCCAGAAUGGGUGCCAUGGUCCCUCAUAGUCCAAACCCGGUGGCAAAACCGUACAUGUGGAAGUACAAAGACACGCUCCCGUACUUGUCCACGGCUGGAGAGAUUGUCCCCGAGGAGAUGGCAGAGAGAAGGGUGUUGAUGCUCGUAAAUCCAAACAUGGUUGCGCCUCACACGACGGACACCAUCUACGCCGGUCUCCAGCUCGUCAACCCCGGUGAGACGGCGCCCGCCCAUCGUCAUAUUGCAUACGCAUGCCGCUUCAUAAUAUCUGGCGAGGGGUUUACAGCGGUCGAAGGCAAAAAGAUGCCCUUGAUUAGAGGCGACGUUGUGGUUACGCCUUCCUGGCACUGGCAUGAUCAUGGCAAUGAGACCGACAAGCCUAUUAUUUGGCUGGACGCGCUGAACUUACCUCUCUUUACGUACGCAAGGGUGCAUUUUGCGGAAGGAUACUCUGACAGACGGUAUCCCAGCACACUCGAUAACCCCUGUGAAUGGCGGCAUCCCUGGGAAAAGACCCAGAAAGCAUUGGAUGCAAUGCCAGGGUCUCAUGUCACAUACCAUUACACGACAGCGGGUGGGAAACCACUGUCAACUACGCUUGGUGUACAAGCCGAACGAAUAAAUGCCGGGGUGAUGACUGAUAUCAUGCAGGACAGCAGCUCAUUUAUAUACCACUGCUAUGAAGGGAACGGUUAUUCGAUAGUAGAAUCCUCUGAAGGAGUAAAGGGGAAAUUUGAGUGGGAGUCGGGUGAUACAUUUGCUGUGCCGGCGUGGUCAAAGGUGCAGCAUUUAAAUUCCGGUAUGGAAGGGGCGUAUUUGGUUGCCGUCCACGAUGGACCGUUCUUGGAUGCACUGCGUUUAAGACGACCGGCAUAG